CAAAAUCCCUCUUUCCUUUCUCUCUCUAAAAGAAGCUUGAGCUGGGUCCAAAAAUCUUAAGCUUCUCUCAUUCAAGUCUCCUUCUUCCUCCUCUUCACUUUACCCUUCUCCAAUAGGCGCAAAAAGGCACAUCAUAACACAUCAAUGGUUGUGUCUGCCCCUUUAAGCACCCACCGCCCAUAAUCUCCAAUGAUUAUCCCCUUUUCAUGCGCCAAACCCAAAACAUUCCUUUUCUUCUUCCCCGGAUCUGUUUUAACCUCUAAAACCCCUAAGUGAGAGAGAGAGAGAAGAAAAACACAAAACUUUUACUCAAAAAUCUCUCUGUUUUUCAAAGUCUGGACCUUUACUCAAACAAACUCUCGCCAUGGUUGCAGAAGCUUGGCUUGUGAAGAUGAGAAACCAAGUAAGCACCAAUCUCAAACACGCCCUCCUCCUCGAAUCCUCCUCCAAGAAACCCCCUCCUCUCCCUAAACAAACAAUCGGAAUCUUAUCCUUCGAAGUAGCCAACAUCAUGUCCAAAACAGUCCACCUCCACCGCUCCCUCUCUGACACAGAGCUCUCCAAGCUCAAAUCCGAGGUUUUCCUCUCCCAAGGAGUCAUAAAGUUAGUCUCUUCCGACCAGAACCACCUCCUAGACCUCGCUGUCUCCGAGAAGCUCGACGACUUAAGCCGCGUAGCUAGCGUGGUGUCCAGGUUAGGUAAGAAGUGUAACGAGCCCGCUUUACAAGGAUUCGAGCAUGUUUACGAAGACAUAGUCAACGGUGUUAUUGAUUUUAGGAAGUUAGGGUUUUUAGUCAAAGAUAUGGAGAGUAUGGUUAAGAAGAUGGAGAGGUUUGUUAACGCUACUUGUAAUCUUUACUGUGAGAUGGAAGUGAUGAAUGAGCUUGAGCAAGCUGUGGUGAAGCUUCAGAGAAGUGGACAGCAUCAAGGGAGUGUUAAGGCUUUUGAACAGAAGCUUAUGUGGCAGAGACAGGAUGUGAAGAGUCUUAGAGAUGCUUCUUUGUGGAACCAGACUUAUGAUAAGGUUGUUGAGAUGUUGGCUAGGACUGUUUGCACAAUCUAUGGCAGGAUUGAGACUGUGUUUGGUGGGUUGGGUUUGAGAGGUAAAAAGGAUUCGACUUUGAAGAGAUGUGAAGCAGAGGAGUUUACGCGUGAAGCGGAUUUUGGUUUCCCUUGUGGGACUAAUCCAGGGAGGAUGUUCAUGGAGUGUCUCCCUUUGAAUAGUUCAGUUUCAAGGAGUUAUGAUGAUGAAGAAGAAGAAGAUGCUAGGAUCAUGUUUCCUAGAGCAAUGAGGAGUAGUAAGUUUGGCUCCAAGAGCAGAUUAACUCAACACGCUUCAGCUUCAACCAUUGGAGGAUCUGCUUUAUCUUUACACUAUGCAAAUGUAGUUAUAGUUGUGGAGAAGCUUCUCAAGUACCCUCAUCUAAUAGGAGAAGAAGCUAGAGACGAUCUUUACCAAAUGCUACCAACGAGUUUGAAAACAUCAUUGAAGGCUAAUCUCAGGUCAUACCUGAAGAACAUUUCGAUCUACGACGCUCCUUUGGCUCAUGAUUGGAAAGAGACUAUAGAUGGUAUACUAUCUUGGCUUGCUCCGUUAGCUCACAACAUGAUUAGAUGGCAGAGUGAACGCAACUUCGAGCAGCAUAAUCAGAUUGUGAAGAGGACUAAUGUGCUUUUGCUUCAGACGCUUUACUUUGCUGAUAGGGAGAAGACAGAAGCUGCGAUUUGUAAGCUUCUUGUCGGGUUGAACUACAUUUGUCAUUAUGAACAGCAGCAGAACGCUUUAUUGGAUUGUGCGAGUAGCUUUGAUUAUGAAGAUUGUUUUGAGUGGCAGAGUCAAUGCCAAGCAGGUUACUUGGACUAACUGUUGGUUUUUGUUUGUUUUUAGUGUUGUUUUAUAGAUACAUUUGUUUAUGAUUCAACACAUUGUGAAUAUCUAAAAUCUCUUAGUGUUGUUUGCAUACAUAAAAAAAGAUUGUGGAAUUGAUAUUUUAGGUGCGACUUUGC